AUGAAUAAUGUCACCCCCCUUCUCAUGAGCUUCCUCGACCAGCAGGCUCGCCCUCAUGUCCAGGGAAAGGUCACCGAGCAACUCAACACCACCAAGGGUGAUCUCAAGAACGACCUCCCCAACACCAUUCUCAACUACCUUUCCGGCAAGGACUCCCACGACGGUGCCGGCGGCAACCCCAUGAUCUCCGAGUUGGUCUCGACCCUUGGCCCCAACGUCCUCAAAUCCGUCUCGUCCGUCACGAACUCUACCGUCGAUACUGCCUCCGAGGGUAUGGAUACCCUCCUUACUAAUGGUAUCAUGAAUAUUGCUAAGUCUGUCCUCGCCCAAAGAGCUACCAACGCCGACGGUGGACCCGCCGAGACUGGUGGAAUCAACUUUGAUUUCUUGAGGAGUGGAAGGGAGGGCAUGGUCAACACGACCAUGUCCGCCUCUGAGCCCGUCAUCAAGCAGGUCAGCGAGAACAUGUCGGCCAAGCUCUCCUCAGCCAUCCCCGGCGCUAUUGGAAACGCCCUCCAAAGCAUGAUGAACCAACAGGCUGGCGGUGCUGGUGGUGCCAUGGGUAUGACUGCUGGUUUAAUGUCGUCCUUUAUGAACCAUGGGAACACAACGACUCCUGCCAACCCCGCUGAUGGUGCUGCCACUGUUGCUGGUGGUAACGAACCCAUUCAGCAGCUCUGCCAGAGCAUGUUGGGACCCAAGAUUGCCACGCUCCUCAAGCCCUACUUGGCCAACUUUGAGACCCAGAUGACCCAGACCUUGGAGAACGAGCUCCGCGAGAAGGUCUUCUCGUCCGAUUAUAUCAAGUUGACCGUCAUGGGCAUGCUCACUGGAAGUGGGAAGGAUGGUGCUGGAAAUGUUCUUGGAGGCGUCAUGAAUGCCAUGAUGGGCAACCACAGCGGUGCCAACAACGCCAACGACGGUCAACAGAGCGGUCAACCUUCAACCCUGAAUGCCUUAGGCAGUCUUGCCAGUUCCUUCAUGAAAAAGUAG